GUUUCGUUCUUGUUUUCCUAAUUUUCGCGCGAAUUUAGCUGACUGGAAGCCGAGGAGACAUUAGCAAGACUGCGGGAUUUUCCAUUUUGAUGAAAGUGAUCUUUGUCUAUCAAGGAUGCAGAGAACUAUAAAGUCCUUCUUUCAGGCCAAAGCAGGGGCGGAAGUUAAGAAUGAUAAAGUUAAGCAAGAUCCUGAUACAAAGAAGAAAAAAGAGGAAUCUGAAGUCUUGGCAAAAAGUGCCCCUGAUCGUCCUUUAAAGGAGAGAAAUGGCACCUCAUUACAUGGCGAUGUUGAGUCUCCUAUAAAACGGGUUUCCAAAAAGUGUUCCCGAGCCCUAGAAAGUGAAAGUGAGGAAGAAGGGAAUGAGGAGAAGAAAACACAGACUCCAAUCAAAGCAAAAAAUGAAGAACAUUUGCCAGAUACUGAUGCCGUUAAAGAAACUCCCCAGAGAACAAAGGAAUCUACCUUAAGUUUUAGUACUCCAAGGAUGAAUACAUCUCAGGAUAUUGUUUCCCCUUCCAGUAUUCAAUCUGCUGACAGUCCUUCAUGCUCAGACUCUCCAGGCAUUUCUCCUUCUGGAAUCCCCAAACGUAGGACAGCUCGAAAACAGCUACCAAAACGUAAACUCGAAACAUCAACUGAUGAGUCCAACGUAGGCAAAGAAGAAUCUGUUGCCCAGGAAAAAGCCAAACGCCAAAGAAGAGACACUGAGGAGGAACUACAAAAUACCAUGGAGACAGAAGAGAGUACUCCAACAGUGGAUGAUAAACUUGGCAAGGAAGCAAAGAAUGCUGAAUCUGAAGAUGAAUGCACUACCAAAAUGGAGACAGAAACUGUGGAACAAAAAAAGUCCAGUGAACAAAACCCUGAGAAGGAACAGGAAUCUAAAUUAGGCAGUCCAUGUUUGGAUCAAUCUGUAAAGUCUUACAAGAAAAAUAGUAAAGCAGAUGAUGGAAAUUUGAACAAUAAAGAUGCACAGAAGCCAGAGACUGCGACACCUAAAAAAACAUUGUCUAAACCUGUUAGUCCCAAAUCAGAAUCAAAGCCACGCAAACAAAAGACUGCAAAGAAAGAUCAAAAGAGUCCUGAGGAGUCUAACAAAUCUAAGAAAGUGGAUGCAAAAGAGAAUGAUAGUGAUGAAAAAAGUGAUGAUGAAAUUAAGAAGGCAGAGCCUGUAAAACCUGUGAAACCAAUUAGCAGUUUCUUUGUCCCACGGAAGCCAGUGGUGAAAACUGAAAAUAAGGAAGAAAUCAUAAGUGGAAAAAAUGUUGCAGAGCCAUCAUCUGAACAAUCUGAAAAGCCAAAAAAGGCCACACUUGGCAGCUUUUUUGGAACUUCCAAGUCAGAGAAAUCUGAAGAGCAAACUGAAUAUAACCCAUCUAAAAGCAAUUAUCAUCCCAUAAAUGAUGCGUGCUGGAGUAAUGGCCAGAAGUAUGUGUAUAAAUCUUUUGAUUUCCACUUGGUAUGGGUGCAAAUAUUGGUAUUCUAG